AUGCAGCAGCAACGACACACAUUCACCGCGCUCAACUCGACCUUCGUUGUCGAUUCCGAGUAUCAGUUCGUCAAGGAGCUGGGUCAGGGUGCCUAUGGCUGUGUUGUCGCCGCCAGACACCGCCGCUCGGGGAAGGCUGCGCUAUCAAGAAGAUCACCAACAUCAACACGAAAGUGCGCGCGAGAUCGUCCUCGCCUACGUAUCUUGACUAAAAGAUGUCUGCGGGAGAUUCGGCUUCUACACCAUUUCCGUGGUCAUAAGAACAUAACAUGUCUGUACGAUAUGGACAUCGUCGUCCAGCCCAACGGCAAUUUCGAUGAGGUUUACCUCUAUGAGGAGCUCAUGGAGGCCGAUCUACACGCCAUCAUUCGGUCCGGACAACCCUUGACCGAUGCGCACUUCCAGUCCUUCCUGUACCAAACCCUCUGCGGUCUCAAGUACAUCCACUCUGCGAACGUCCUCCACCGCGAUCUCAAGCCUGGCAAUCUGCUGGUGAACGCGGAUUGCGAGCUGAAGAUCUGCGACUUUGGCUUGGCGCGUGGGUAUACCCCCGGGGGAGGGACGUCCAAGGCGGCUGGAAACCAAGGCUUCAUGACGGAGUAUGUCGCUACCCGCUGGUAUCGCGCACCCGAGAUCAUGCUCAGUUUCGCCAACUAUACUACGGCCAUCGAUGUCUGGUCAGUUGGUUGCAUUCUGGCGGAGCUUCUCGGGGGCAAGCCCAUCUUUAAAGGACGCGACUAUGUUGACCAGCUGAACCAAAUCCUUCAUUACCUCGGCACUCCAUCUGAAGAUACUCUCCGUCGUGUUGGUUCUCCUCGGGCACAAGAUUACAUUCGCUCGCUUCCUAUCAAACCGCGCGUUCCGUUUUCGACUUUAUUCCCCCGUGCCAAUCCGCUUGCGAUCGACCUGUUGUCUCAAAUGCUUUGCUUUGACCCUGCGAAGCGCAUCAGCUGUGAGCAGGCGCUCGCUCACCCGUACCUGCAGGUCUGGCAUGACCCUGCUGACGAGCCCAUCUGCGAAUUUAAAUUCGACUUUGGCUUCGAGGAGGAGGACAGCAUUGAGGGAUGAAGAAGCUGAUUGUGGACGAAGUGAACUCGUUCCGGACGGAAGUGCGUGUACAAGCGAGAGCUGCUGGACAGGUCCGUCGCCAGGAUAGUCUCCCGAUUCCCUCGAGAGAUGAGAUCUUGAGCUCCCCCGUCAAAGAACAUGGGCCAUUCCACGGCACCACGUCAAGUUUCACCGCUGCUCCGGACGCUAAGCCUCCGACGCCGACAUUUGAUGACCCGAGCGAAGAGUUGGAACGUGAACUUGCGGGUACCCACUUCUCUUGAGUGAAGUUUAUUACAUCCAUAAACGAUUAGUGUAUAAGUAUUGUUUGUCCUUACAUCAUGGUCUAACAACAAGAAAAGAGUACAAUUA